CGCCGUAGUCUACGCCGUCGAUUUAACGCAGAACCAUAAUUAAGGCUUUACGCGCUGACUCCGGCUUGCAUCAUUCUGGUCUCCUGGCAGCCGGUGCAGAACAUACACCAUGGUAGAGCCUGUCCCUGAGUCCAUCAAUUUCCCUUCAGAGGAAGAGAAGAUCUUGAAGUUUUGGCAAGAAAGGGAUUGUUUCCAGGAAUGCCUUAAACAGUCCAAGAACAGACCCAGGUACACCUUCUAUGAUGGACCUCCCUUUGCCACGGGUCUUCCCCACUAUGGUCACAUCCUAGCUGGCACCAUCAAGGAUGUUGUUACUCGCUUUGCCCACCAGAAUGGCUUCCAUGUGGACCGGCGCUUUGGUUGGGACUGUCAUGGUCUUCCUGUGGAGUAUGAGAUUGAUAAGACCCUAGGGAUCAAAGGGCCUGAAGAUGUGGCCAAGAUGGGCAUUGCUGAGUACAACAAGCAAUGCAGAAACAUCGUCAUGAGAUACUCCAAUGAAUGGGAGGCUUCAGUGACACGAAUGGGGAGGUGGAUCGACUUCAAGAAGGACUACAAGACUCUUUACCCGUGGUUCAUGGAGACUGUCUGGUGGGUGUUCAAACAGUUGUAUGACAAGGGUCUGGUGUACCGCGGUGUCAAAGUCAUGCCCUUCUCCACUGCUUGCAAUACUCCCCUCUCCAACUUUGAAUCUCAUCAGAACUACAAGGAUGUUCAAGAUCCUUCUGUGAUCGUCAACUUUCCUCUGGUUGAGAAUGAGGGUGUGUCUUUGAUUGCUUGGACAACUACUCCCUGGACACUGCCGAGCAACCUGGCCCUCUGUGUCAACCCUGAGUUUUUGUAUGUCACGGUCAAAGAUAACACCAGUGACAAGACCUACAUUAUGAUGGAGGCCAGGCUGGGAGCUCUUUUUAAGUCGGAGACUGAAUACACUCUCCUGGAUAAAUUUCCUGGUAAAAACCUAAAAGGGAAAAAAUACAAGCCUCUUUUCCAGUACUUUGCUGAGUGUGGGGAGAAAGGAGCCUUUCAAGUGGUGAUGGAUAACUACGUCAAGGAGGAAGAAGGCACAGGAGUGGUCCACCAGGCACCUUACUUUGGAGCUGAUGAUUACAGAGUGUGCACUGAAUACAACAUCAUUCAGAGGGACCAGGCUCCUAUCUGCCCUGUGGAUGCCUCAGGCUGCUUCACUUCAGAGGUCGCUGACUUUGCUGGACAGUAUGUCAAAGAUGCUGACAAGAAUAUAAUCAAGUGGCUGAAGGAAAAGGGUCGCCUGGUCAACGCUAGCUCUUUCAAACAUAGUUACCCUUUCUGCUGGAGGUCUGACACGCCCCUGAUCUACAAAGCGGUCCCUAGCUGGUUCAUCCGAGUGGAGCACAUGGUAGAGAAACUGCUGGACUGCAAUGGAAAAUGCUACUGGGUUCCAGAGUUUGUGCGUGAGAAGCGUUUUGGGAACUGGCUAAGAGAUGCACGUGACUGGGCCGUUUCAAGGAACCGGUACUGGGGCACACCGAUCCCCCUCUGGGUCAGCGAUGACUUUGAAGAGGUGGUGUGUGUAGGAUCCAUGUCUGAACUGGAGGAGCUGACUGGAGUCAAGGCAACAGACCUGCAUCGGGAAAACAUUGACAGCCUGACAAUACCGUCGCGGUGUGGCAAGGGCGAGCUGCGGAGGGUCACGGAGGUGUUCGACUGCUGGUUUGAGAGUGGCAGCAUGCCUUAUGCACAGGUUCACUAUCCAUUUGAAAACAAGAAGGAGUUUGAGGACACGUUUCCUGCAGACUUCAUCGCCGAGGGCAUUGACCAGACCAGAGGAUGGUUCUACACCCUGUUGGUCCUCUCCACGGCACUGUUUGGAAGACCGCCCUUUAAGAAUGUCAUUGUUAAUGGACUAGUGCUCGCAAGCGAUGGACAGAAGAUGAGCAAGCGUAAGAAGAACUAUCCAGAUCCAGGACUAAUUGUGCAGAGCUAUGGAGCUGAUGCCCUCAGAUUGUACCUCAUCAACUCACCUGUAGUAAGGGCAGAGAACCUGCGAUUCAAAGAGGACGGAGUGCGAGAUGUGUUGAAGGACGUCUUCUUGCCGUGGUAUAACGCCUAUCGCUUCUUGGUGCAGAACGUACAAAGAUUACAGAAGGAGGAGGAAAUCCAGUUCCUUUACAAUGAAAGCACAACAAAGCAAAGUGACAACAUCAUGGACAGGUGGAUUCAAUCCUUCACGCAGUCCCUGAUCCAGUUCUUCAAGGCUGAGAUGGAUGCUUACCGCCUGUACACGGUCGUGCCUCGCCUGGUCAAGUUUGUGGACAUGCUCACCAACUGGUACGUCCGGACCAACAGGCGCCGCCUGAAGGGAGAGAGUGGCACCGAGGACUGCCUGUGGGCGCUAGAAACCCUCUUCAGUGUUCUUUUCUCCAUGUGCAGGCUGAUGGCUCCCUUCACUCCCUUCAUUACAGAAAUGAUGUACCAGAAUCUGCAUCACCUCAUUGACCCUGCCUCUCUUGAAGAGAAGGACACCAGCAGCAUCCACUAUCUCAUGCUGCCUCAAGUCAGGGAGAAUUUGAUUGACAAGCGUAUUGAGAGUGCUGUCUCCCAGAUGCAGUCCGUGAUUGAACUUGGCAGGGUGAUUCGGGACAGGAAAACUCUGCCUGUCAAGUAUCCAUUGAAGGAGGUAGUAGUUAUUCACCAGGACCGAGAGGCCCUGCAAGACAUCCAGUCCCUGCAGAAAUACAUCCUAGAGGAGCUUAAUGUGCGACAGCUGACUCUUUCGACGGACAAGGACAAGUAUGGUAUCCGCCUGAGAGCUGAGCCAGACCACAUGGUACUGGGCAAAAGAUUAAAGGGAGCCUUCAAAGCUGUCACUGCUUCUAUCAAGGAACUCACCAAUGAACAGCUAGAGGCCUUCCAGAAGACAGGAUCCAUCAUGGUGGAUGGCAACGAGCUUCACGAGGAGGACCUGAGGCUGAUGUACACCUUUGAUCAGAGCUCUGGCUCGGCUGCGAAUUAUGAGGCACAUUCUGAUGAUCAGGUGCUGGUACUGCUGGAUGUCACUCCAGACCAGUCCAUGGUGGAUGAGGGUGUUGCCCGAGAGGUCAUCAACCGCAUUCAGAAACUACGCAAGAAGGGGCGUUUGGUGCCAUCUGAUGAGAUAACGGUGUACUACCGCUGUCAACCAGAGGGGGAGUACUUGGCCUCUGUGGUCCAGGCUCACACUGACUUCAUUCUGGCCACCACCAAGGCUCCACUUCUGCCCUACCCUGUCCCAAAGACUGCCAGUGUCAUCAUAGAGGAAAAGACUCAGUUGAAAGGCUCAGACUUGGAGUUCACCAUAGUAAAAGGAUCUUCAGCCUCUCAAGCUCCUCUGAAUGGGCCAGCUUGCACAUACGUCAACAUCAGGGUGAAAGCCAACAACAAAGAACAAGAGGGCGUCGUACUUUUGGAGAAUCCCAAAGGAGAUAACUGUGUAGACUUGGAGAAACUAAGGAAAGUGUGCAGCAGCAUCUUUGGAACCAAUAACACCCAGCUCAGAUUCUACAGUGGUGGGAUGGAGUUGACCAGCAAAACGGACCUUCAGGCUCUGGGCGGUAAAACUUUGUGCGUGACUUCAGACCCAUCGUCUCCUGGCCCUGUCCCCACCACAGACACCCCGCUGUGUCCCUACGUGAACUUGGUUCUGUGCAACGCACAACCAGCGGAGUGUCAGGCUGGACAGGUAGGCACCCUGCUGCUGGUGAACCCGGUGGGCCGUAACAUACUCCACUACUCAGGCUUGCUCUCUGAGGCUGCCAAAGUUUUUGGCCUUCGCAGCAGACGACUCAAACUGUACCUGGACCAGGACCUUACUCAAGAGCUGCCAGCCGAUUCAUCUGUAAAAUCUCUCAACUCCAAAACUCUGUUUGUGCGAGUUCUUCCAACCACCGCUGAAGCAUGAAUCCGCAGG